AUGGCCGCCGUCCCUCUUACCGCCUCCCCACAACUUCCCGAAGGGUUCUAUGCAAUCAACAACCAGUUUCUAUUGCGUGGGCCAAAAGGGUUUGAAGAGUUUAAGAUGCUUGAAGAGAACGAGGCCAUGUUCGCCAGGAUAGACUUUCCCGGCGUUCCAAAAGAUAACGUGCAGGUUACCCUUUUGGACUCGAAGAAAGCCGUGUUUAUCAACGCUACGGCACCAAUGGAUCAAGAACACGACUCUUACCGCAUCUACAUCACCCACGCCGGUCUCCUCUGCAAAUGCUGUGCGAUCUCCGGCUUCACCUCCGACAUGUCCGACGGUGUUUUGAGGCUUGUACUCUCCAAGACAAACAUCAGUCCACACCGCUCUUCCUCCAUUUCGUGUCUUGCUGGCUCAGGUUUCCGAGAAGAUCUCCGUAGCAAAGGUCCUCACAGAUAUCCCUAUGGCACGGAUCCCCAUGACCCGGCGCUCACGGGUCCGGAAUUGAAGCCACACCCAAAUGUGUUGGUAGGACCGAAUAUGGCUUAUGAGUCGAAGCAGCUCGAAAACGGCAGCCUACACGUGCGUUUAGACAUGCCAGGCGUUCCCGAAGACAGGUUCACUGUCUCCGUCAAGGAAGGGAGAGUGACCGUGACUGGUGAAGCUCUUGCCGCUAGCCACGACUCAGGAGGCCGUUUUUACUCUGGUGAUGUGGCUAUGCUCGCCUCUCCCGUCGACAUUCCUAGCCGUCCGAUCAAAACUAUCAUCAAGAACGGUGUGAUUCAACUUUUCAUCCCUCCGGUUUGA